CGGUCACAGGGAUCCUGAGUGAUUGUCAGGGUAUAAAAGGCCAAGACUGGGAGGCCAACAUUCAGUUUGACUCACGUGCAAAGUUACCUGGACAACACAGUGACGAAGUGCAGGUGCGAGAAGUGAGACCGAAUCCAGAAUCCAACAAGAUGGCUACUUCCAUUCUGUUGACGAAAUUUUCUUUGGUCCUCAUGCUGCUAUUGUUGUCGGAGGGUGGCGAUGGCUCCCAAAUAAGAUGUUCAAACGGUUUUAUAAACAACGAGAACAGCUGCUACAAGUUUGUUGACAUGGCUGUUUCUUGGGUUGAAGCGACGGUGUUUUGCAACGCCAUGGGGGCCCACUUGGCGGAGGUGGAAUCUCCGGUAGAAGAACAGUUUCUCUUGCAUCGUGUCUACUUUGUACAAUCCGAGCUGAGGGACAAGCCGCUGUGGCUGGGGGCCAGUGACGUCAUGAACAACGACGAGUGGGUGUGGAUGCACUCCAAGCGCGUGAUGGGGUACCGCAACUGGAACAUGAACCGACCAGAGGCCUCACCUAGUGGACACGGUCACUGCCUCGCCAUUCAGACUCAACCUGUCUUCGCCUGGGUGGAGACUGCCUGCGACCAGAACCUCAGGUUCAUCUGUGAGCAAGAAGCUCUGUAAGAAGUCACCUGAGACCUGAGUAUCCUGCUUUGAUUGCCGCUGGCGUUCACCUGGCGAAAGUUUCGUUACUGUGUUAUCGCCUCUGUCACUGACACGUGACCUUUCCAAACACAUGUAGAACUGUAUCUGUGACUGUGCGACAUGAGCAAGAU